AUGGUCUUCGCCGUCUCCUUUGGCGAUGCCUACACCAUGGCCAAGAUCGCCUUCCGCAUCGGCCAGGCCUUCACAAAGGGCAAGAAGUCGGCCCCGGCCGAGUUCCGCGAGGUCGAGUCCCAGCUGUACUCGCUGAGCGCCGCCCUCAACGCCUUCUCCAACGCGCGGCGCUCCAACGACAACGCCGCGCCCCUCAUCGUCGACCGCACCCAGCUGCCCGGCAACGUGCCCGCCCACUUCUCCGACAACCAGGACAUCAUCCUCGGCAUGCUGGCCAGCUGCAACGAGACGCUCACCCACCUCGACGGCAUCGUCAAGAAGUACAGCGUCAUCACGGCGCCCACCGACGCCGGCCAGACGCGCAUGAAGCGCUGGAGCAAGGACCUGCUGGCCAACUGGCGCAAGGUGCAAUGGACGACUGAGGGCGGCGACCUCAAUACGCUCAGGAGCAACCUUACAAUCCAGACAAACAGCCUGAGUCUCAUUCUGGGAGUGGUCGUCAAUUCCCAGGCGGACCGCCUGCAGACCGACAUGGACCACAUUUCGACCAUGCUCGGCGACAUACACGAAUGGUACGUCGAAAACCUCAAGGGGAGACCUGGGGCCCCAGGCGUCGUAGGCGGUGUCGCGAAUGCGCCGACAUUUGGCUUAAACGCGACUGCCACAUUCGGAGCUGUCGCUACGCCAGGUGCGGCUGCGCCGAAUGCCGGCGCGGCCGAUGAGGGCUAUGCAGUGGCGCCUCCCAAGCCCCUGUAUUUCGAGCUCCACGAGCAGACGGGACAAAAGUCCAAAGAGCUGUGUCCCAAAGCGUCGUUGAGCCAAAAGGUCUCUGGCGCGUACUACAGCUCGUCGCUACGGAACAACCAGCUCUUCAACUGCGGCUGCCCGAACUCGGGAGACGAUGCGCAUCGCUCUGCCGUGGAGGCGUAUGGUUUGUCUCCUCUCAGCUUUGCGGCAAGGAUCGCAGGCGCCGAGCGCUCGUGGCUGCUCUACAAGGUCUCCAACAGAGUGACGGACCAACUUACAUCGCUGAUUGUGAAGAGCGUACCUCCUGAAGUCAUGCACGACUUUGAGGAGCUGCUGAUACACGGCCUCAGCGUCCUCCAGACGCGGCAGAUGCUCCAGCGCAACAUGAGCACCAUGCUCGCACACCCCUCUGACAUGAACGCAGAGAACCCCAAGGCCAAUAUCCUGGACCUGGUGAGCAACGCGACGACACUGCACAAGUCCAUCUCGUCCGUAAAGUUCUCCUCAGGCAACGUCACCUACACGCGCGACAACAUUGACUUUGUGCAAAUCCUGCACUACAAGUCCAUCGAGCUCAGCCGCAUACUGGAAGAGGCCAUCCUGCCACAGAGCGCGUUUGAGGAGCACCGCAAGGCCGAGAUCAUCAUUACGUACGGGAAGCCCGACCCCGACGCCAAGGUGGCACCAGCCGACAACCUUGCGCGAACGAUUCUCCAGCUAUACAGCCAGUCUGAAGUUCAGCACAAGAGGGGCGAGGACGUCUUGUUCAUCAAGAACGUCGAGUGCACGGGCUACGACGCUUCCGACACGCCGGGCGCGACGGCGACGGCGACGAUAACGUUGGAGUUUGCGUCCGCCGACGCUGCCUAUGACUGGUUCAAGGAGCUGGAGGCCAUCCGCAUGGACCUCUUUGUCAUUGACCUGCAGUAUCCGCGCGACGACGAAAAGGUGCUCGUGAAGCUGCAGGCACAGGACGUGCACACGGAGCGCAUGCACAUCACCGACGCCGACAUCAUGAUCCUGCAAAAGGCCAAGACGGAGCGCUUCCGGCUCGUCGUGCGGAGCAAGACGGGCUACUCGGUCCUCAGCCAAGAACUAACAAAGGACUUCUUCCAGACGCUGGCGACGCGCAACACGGCCGACUACAGCGCGCUGUCGUUCGAGGUGUACAUGAACUCGGCGGGCAAGCGCGUCGUCAAGCAGUGCCCACGCGGCUUCUCGCACCUCUUCUUCUCGGACAGCAAGAUCGAGCAAGUCUUCACCAUGGGUCUCGCAGCUGUGGGUGGGCCGGUGACGCAGCACCAGAUAGAAGGGCCGUCGCCAGCGACGCCGAUGGAGGGCGUGGUGGAGGGCUGA